AUGCAUCCCAGAUCCCGCCGCACUGGACCAGCAGACUCGUGGCAAUCGCAUGUUCCCCACCGCCUCCCCCACCACCUCCCACCUGUCAUGAGGGUGCUGAAGAGCAGGAGCGCCAUCUUGGGGGCGCUGGUGCGGAUGAUGACGUCAAAGGAGGAGGAGGGGAGGUUGCCGACCAGGUUGUUCACCGUGGUCCGCAGUGCAUGCUGCACGGCCAGUGGCGCCCAGGCGUCAAAGGCUGCCACCUCUUCCAUGGACACCUUGUGGGCAUACUGCAGCAGCGGGCAAUCAGUCGCAGACUGUGGAGGGGGUUGUGGGGAAAGAUGGGGUGAUGUGGAGUGCUGUCCUUUGACGCGUGCCUGGCAUAGACCCGGGGACCUGUACCAUCCAACCCAUCAUGCCACGCAGCAACGGCUGCAUUCACCCAUCGCCCGGCAUGUCCCACCCUUUGAUCCCCGGGCGCGUGAUGAACACGCACCGUCCCGGUCUCGCUGGGCGGGAGCUCCUCGGGGACUCCGAGGCUCCAUGAUGCAUGCACCGUCAGGAGCCUCGCUCGUCGAGGCCUGCGCACGGGCUCCCACGUAA